AUGGUCCAACAUUAUAUUUCUCGGUCCAUGCUGCUGGAGCAGUCCCCAGCCGCCACGUGGCAACCACCCCACACUUGGCGCAACAGCGACGCGUCAGACGACUCCUUUUCCCGCGUGAACCACAACUUCCCAUUCCCGCAAGCCCUCGGCGCAACCUUCUUCCCCGCAUUCUCCACCGUCCGAUUUCUCGAGCACUUCUUAGAUUCGCAUCCUGACCGUUCGCCGCUCAGCGACAUGGCUCCGUCGUCGCACGUGGUGAUCGCGAGCGUUACCGUGUGCGCGGUGGUCGCCAUCGGGGUGUGCUACCUGUGCAUGCGGAAGAAACGGCGAGACGGGGACGGGUACGACGGGCCUGGCCAGGCGUCCGCAGGGACAGCGGCCACAGCUGGGGCUGCAGCUGCAGCGGCUGCUAAUGGCGAAACCCGCGUGCCGCUUCUGUUCUCUCAGGACUGGGGCGACGAGAGCGAGGACAUAGAGCAGCAGUCCUUCCCGCCCUCGCAACCCCCCUCCCCCCGUCUCCCCUCCCCUCCCCCGCCCCACAACCCUCCCCAGGACUGGGGCGACGAGAGCGAGGACAUAGAGCAGCAGUCCUUCCCGCCCUCGCAACCCCCCUCCCCCCGUCUCCCCUCCCCUCCCCCGCCCCACAACCCUCCCCAGGACUGGGGCGACGAGAGCGAGGACAUAGAGCAGCAGUCCUUCCCGCCCUCGCAACCCCCCUCCCCCCGUCUCCCCUCCCCUCCCCCGCCCCACAACCCUCCCCAGGACUGGGGCGACGAGAGCGAGGACAUAGAGCAGCAGUCCUUCCCGCCCUCGCAACCCUCCGCCUCCGCGGACCAGCAAGCAGCGGCGGAAGCAGACGCAGCAGAGGCGGCGCGGGCAGCGCGGCAGAAGCAGUGGGAGGAGGAGCGGCGGCAGGCGGAGGCAGAGGCGGCAGAGGAGGCAGCAGCGGCGGCGGCAGCUGCUAAUAAGCGCGCGAGGAAGGAGGGGGGGGGAAGGCAAGGGAGGGUGAAGUUUGGAGAGUCGACUGUGAGGGAGUAUGAUGCUGAGGAGGGGGCGGAUGGGGAGGGGGACGCAGAGGCAGCCGCUGCUGCUGCUGCUGCUGCGGCUGUUCCUGCUGCUGCAGUGCCUGAUGCUGCAGCUGCUGCAAAGAAGAAGGCGGCUAGGAGGGAAGGAGCCACAUUGGUAUUGGAGGUGAUCAGUGGACCAGCCUCAGGCGGCAAGCUGGUGCUGAAGAACGAGAAGCUAGAGCCAUGGCCGUCCGCCACCAUAGGGCGCGUGAAGGCCAACGACCUGCAGCUGAACGAUGGGGAGGUGUCCAGCAAGCACGCAUAUGUUACAUGGAAUGCCCUGUCCGGGCGGUGGGAGGUGGUGGACCGUGGGUCACUCAACGGCACGCUGCUGAACGACGAGGCGAUCAAUGCAGAGGCAGACGAGGAGGGCGAGCGCACGGAGGGGCGGCCGUGCCAGCUGGCGGAUGGCGACGUGAUCACGUGCGGGUCGCAGUCACGCAUCCUGGUGCGACUACUGGCGGACACGAGCAAGGUGGAGCACCCAUGUCCCGAGGCCCCGUGUGACAUCGCCAUAGCAGCCGACCCCAUGCGGGCGCGCAAGGGAGGCAAGCCACUGCCCAUGGAGGAUGUGCCUCUGUGCGAGUGGCCGCUAAGGGGCCUACAGGACAUGGGCAUCUGCUGUGUGUUUGAUGGCCAUGCGGGCAGGCAGUGCGCUGACAACGUGAAGAGAAUCUUCCCGGAGAAGCUGUCGCAGGAGCUGCUGAAGGGAGGCAAGCACGUGGUGGUGCGCAUGAGCUGCAAUGCCUCUGACGUGCUGCGAGCAGCCUUCAAGGCGACAGAGGAGGAGCUCAAUAACGAGGAUGAGGGCUGCACUGCCACUGUGCUGCUCGUGUGGCGGGCCUUCCAGCCGCCCCACCGCGUGUGGGUGCAGGCGGGCAAUCUCGGGGACUCGCACUGCGUGCUGGGCUUAGGAAGUGCGGGCGAGGAGGCAGUGGUGCAGAUGACAGAGGACCACCGGCUGACAGGGCCCGUGGAGAAGGGGCGCCUGGCGUCCAUCGGCAAGCCCAUGCGCGAUGGGGACACGCGGCUGUGCGGCAUGAACAUAGCGCGAGUGUUUGGAGACAAGUUCCUGAAGCAGCAAGACGUGGGGCUCUCCUCGGACCCCUUCAUCCACGCGCCCCUGCAGCUGCCCGUGCCUGAGGAAGGGGGCACAAGCAAGCCGGUCAUAGGGGUCAUUGCCAGCGCAGGCGGCGGCGGGUUUGACGGAGAUUCGAGAUCCGAUCCGCGUAUCGGAUCUUCGAGCCGCGUGGUCUCCGCGAGAGAAGUUUCAGGGGGAACGGAUGUUGAAGGGGGAAUCUCGGACCGCGAAAGAGCGGAGCUGAAGCUUCGCGGAACCAGCGUAGAGGUUGACGAGGACGAGGAGAAGGAUGACGUGGACGAGGGGACGAACGAGCUUCCGGCUCACGCGUUAGCAAACGCCGACGAGAUCAGUGCUGACGUGGCGGAGCUGACGUCAGCGUUGGAGGAGGAAGAAUCAGGGUUAGGGUUACACCCCGAGUUAGACGUUGAGGGUUUGGAGCAUAUUAUCGACAUGGGGAGGCGGCUCGAGGGCAUGCCGCGGCGCGUGCAGCGAUUCAUGUUUGAGAAGAUGCUUAAAGUGAAGCCGGGCCGACCGCCGUCCAUGCAACGUUUGAAACGGCAAUUCCAGAUGCGAAUAGUGGACGUCAACCGCACUGCCAAGGUCACCAAGGGAGGCAAGGUGUUGAGCUUUACAGCGCUGGUGGUGUGUGGGAACGGGCAAGGCACGGUGGGGUAUGGCAAGGGCAAGUCGGCCGAGAUGGGGCUGGCGGUUGAUAAGGCCUACCUGCGGGCGCUGAGAAAUCUACAUUACUUCGACCGCUUCAGAGGGCGAACGAUUGCCGAAGCACAGAUGGCGAAAUACGGAAAGACAAAGGUGUACAUGUGGCCGGCUCACAAAGGGUCGGGCAUGAGUGCAGGGAGCACGCUGGCUGGCAUUCUCAGACUUGCCGGCUUCCAAGCCGUUAAGACUAAGGUGAUUGGUUCACGGCAUCCCCACAACACAGUGAAGGCAGCCUUUCAAGCACUCAGCAUGGUACGACUCUCCUCUCAUGCAUGCAUGCAUGCAUGCAUGCGUUGCAUGGCAUGGAAUGGCAUGGCAUGGCAUGGUAUGGCAUGGCAUGACACUCUCCACCGGUGCUAUAUACACACAUUCAUUGCUCCUGUCGCCUCUCUCAUCUGUGCUCCUCUCUCUGCCUCUUUAACCCCUGCUCUUCUCUCUGCCUUUCAUCCCUUCUCUUCUCUCCACCUCUCUCAUCCCUUCUCUUCUCUCCACCUCUCUCAUCCCUUCUCUUCUCUCCACCUCUCUCAUCCCUUCUAUUCUCUCCACCUCUUUCAUCCCUUCUCUUCUCUCCACCUCUCUCAUCCCUUCUCUUCUCUCCACCUCUCUCAUCCCUUCUCUUCUCUCCACCUCUCUCAUCCCUGCUCUUCUCUCCACCUCUCUCAUCCCUUCUCUUCACUCCACCUCUCUCAUCCCUGCUCUUCUCUCCACCUCUCUCAUCCCUUCUCUUCACUCCACCUAUCUCAUCCCUUCUCUUCUCUCUGCCUCUCUCAUCCCUUCUCUUCUCUCCACCUCUCUCAUCCCUGCUCUUCUCUCUGCCUCUCUCAUCCCUUCUCUUCUCUCCACCUCUCUCAUCCCUGCUCUUCUCUCUGCCUCUCUCAUCCCUUCUCUUCUCUCUGCCUCUCUCAUCCCUUCUCUUCUCUCUACCUCUCCCAUCCCGGCUCUUCCCUCUGCCUGUCGUGUGUGACUGUAGCCCAUACAACCACCUUCUGCGUUCUCAUUUGCCCAUGCUCAUCCCCUCCCCGUCAUCAUGUUCCCCCAUCUGCCCCUGUCUCAUCUUUGCUAUUCUGCCACCUAUAA